GUUGUGAUGCGGUUCCAGUGACGCUGUGCUGCUGCAGCAGGAUCUGUUUUCCUCCGCCGCCUCUUUAUCACAGCCAACGGAACGGUCCAGAAUGGAGACCAAACCGGUCAUCACCUGCCUCAAAACGCUGCUCAUCGUCUACUCCUUCGUGUUCUGGAUAACAGGAGCCAUCCUGCUGACAGUGGGAGUAUGGGGUAAGUUGAUGCUGGGGCCCUACAUCUCCCUGAUAGCCGACAACUCCACCAAUGCCCCCUACGUUCUCAUCGGCACCGGCACCGUCAUCAUCGUCUUCGGCCUGUUUGGAUGCUUCGCCACGUGCCGAGGAAGCCCAUGGAUGCUGAAACUGUAUGCCAUGUUCCUGUCCCUGGUCUUCCUCGCCGAGUUGGUCGCUGGAAUCUCCGGAUUUGUCUUCCGCCAUGAGAUCAAGGGCACCUUCCACAGGACUUACACCGAUGCGGUCUUGAACUACAAUGCCGUGGACGAGGCCAGCAAGGCUGUGGAUAACGUCCAGCACAAGCUGCGUUGCUGUGGAGUUUACAACUACACCAGCUGGCUGGCCAGCAUCUACUACCCGUCCAAUGGGAUUCCACCCAGCUGCUGCCUGAACUCCUCUGACUGCAGCCCCGACGACCUGCGCAACACGACCGUCGCCCCGAGCAAGGUCUACCACCAGGGCUGCUUUGAGCUGGUGACUUCCGUCAUGGAGACAAACAUGGCCAUCAUUGCCGGAGUGACGUUCGGGAUCGCCUUCUCACAGCUGAUCGGGAUGCUGCUGGCCUGCUGCCUGUCCCGGAUCAUAACGGCUAACCAGUACGAGAUGGUGUAGCCGACCCGAACUGGCAGGGAGAAGAAGAGAAGAUGACCAAGUGAAUUUCCAAAACAUCUCAUUGAGAAGCGACGCACCUCCCUCCGUCUCUCUGCCUGCGAUCGUAUUGUAAAGCACCAUUCCUCACCGUCGGAUCACAGCCGGAUACCGCACACACACUCCACACCGCCGCGUAAUGUAGACGUCCAAACACUUCAGCCAGAGGUUUAGGCUCCGACACGUGCCGCUUAGCUUUUCUGCAACCGCCAUCCUGACCACUUUUGAUCUUUGUACAGAAGUAGCUCUGGUAGAUGGAUAGUUUCGGCUUUCGCUCACCAUUCUAUAUUUUUAUGGAUGUGACAUUCGGUGACGUUAUUUUGUGCAUUCAGGAAGAGAAAGAAACAGUUUUCCUUUUUUUUUUACCUAAUUGAAGGCACAACAUUUUUUACCCCGGAUUUUGCCGUUAGCGUUUUCUAGCUUUAAGCACUGUUUGAACUGAACGUGAAGGAAAAUCUCAGUCGCAUAAAUGAGACUGCAAUUAUCAAUUAAAGCUUAAAUGUUUAGCUUCAAGAAUAUUUUGAUAUCUAACUGAAAAAAUAUAUAUAUUUUAUGUUUUUAAUUCCAUAAAAAAAAUCAAUUUCAUGAAAUUAUUAAUACAUUUUUUAAAUAUUUUUUCAUUCAAUAUAAUAUGUUGCGACUCCAUGAACCUAAAAUGUUAUUAUUAAUUACACACUAGAAGUUUAAAAAGUAACAAAAAUCAACACGCACGUUCUUGUUUAAAAAGGAAACUGCAUCGUUCAUAACUGCUUUAUUAUUUUAAAUAUAGUAGUUCCAAAGUAAGUUUCAUACUUCCAUUGAAUCUCUGACCAAAAUUACGUAUCGAUUCUGAACUGAUGACAUUGAGACCUCUGUGAAGGUCAGCUGCAUGUUCAAUAUUUAGGUCCCGACUCGCCAGUCGGAAUUUCACGUCAAACAGUGUUUAACCUGCACACACAGUAUUUUCCUGUGGCCCACGCAUUGUUAACUGUAGAUAUGUACCGGGAUCGUUAUUUAUAUACUGUAAAGCGUGUUGUUUUUGGCUGGUAGGUAUGUUGUGUACGUCUUAUUUUGCACUCAAUUCGUUUGAUAGGUGUGUAGUCUCGUGACCUUGAGAAUAACCUUGACGUUUCUGUUCAGCUGUACAUUUAUUGCUAUUUGUUGGCAUUACUUUUAUCUCUUUUUGAGGGUGUAAUUUACCUAGGUAGUAUUUGGUUGUGGCUUUUUAAAACUGUUAUUUUUAAAGCUGCAAAAGUAUUUUGUGAGGUUUUGCAUUUAUAACUUAUUUUCUCUGCGAACUGACACGUUUGUUCUGUAAAUAAUACGCUGUAAUACCAACUAGCUGCCACACGGGGUCAUCACUCACACGGGGAUUACUACAACGUCAUGGUCGAAGUCACCGUCAGUGGUCUUAUCAAUAAAUAGACAAAUGGAAACUG